AUGACCCCAUUAAAACCAUAUGGAGGAGUUACUGUAAAGGUGAAUGGUGACAGUAAACGGGCAUCCUGCAGCUUUAAACGGCCAAGCUGUCCUGUGAGAGAGGUUUCCUCAUCAGCUGUCUCCGUUUCGCAACUGACUGACCUACUUAACUUGCAGGAGAAUAACAAGGUUGUCAAGCGGAGACUAGAGGAAUUCGAUUCAACGAAGGAACGCCCCCUUUUCCUGGGAGCUGCUGUAAACACCUGCACAGGUAACACGGACUCAUCUGGAGCAGCGCGGUUCGGUCUGCAGAUGGCUGAAGCGGUGGAUCUCGGCUCGGUUGUCUCGGGGGUCCGGUCCAUGUUUUUCAUGCUCACACCGAAUGAAACGGCCUUUCAGAAAGUGGAAGAAGUUCCUCAGUAUGUGCAGCAGGCCACUCCUUACUUCGUGGGGCUGAUGGUGCUGGAGCUGCUGGUGGGUAUACUGAAGACAGGAGCCCCAGUGGUCACCAUCAGUGAUGGACUCACCUCCAUAUCUGCUGGAAUGAUCUCCAGAAUCCCUCUGCUGUUCAUGAGAGGCUGUGAGCUGACCGCCUACAUGUAUGUGUGGAACCAGUACCGCCUGCUGGAGCUGCCGUGGGACUCGGCCUGGACCUGGUGGUUCACCUUCCUGGGCGUGGACUUGGGCUACUACUGGGUCCACCGCCUCGCUCACGAGGUGAACUUCAUUUGGGCAGCUCACCAGGUGCACCACAGCUCAGAGUACUACAACCUCACCACCGCCCUCAGACAGUCCCUCACCCAGCAGUUCACGUCAUGGAUCUUCUACCUGCCGCUGGCGCUGGUUGCACCUCCCACCGUCUUCGCCGUUCACAUCCAGUUAAACCUUCUGUACCAGUUCUGGAUCCACACUGAGUUGAUCAGAGACCUCGGACCUCUGGAGUGGGUCUUCAACACCCCCAAACAUCACAGAGUCCAUCACGGAAGGAACGAGUACUGCAUUGACAAAAAUUACGGAGGAAUUCUCAUCAUAUGGGACCGAUUAUUCGGUACGUUUGCUUCAGAGGGAGACAAGCCCAUCUUUGGCCUGGUGGUCCCGAUCAACACCUUCGACAUCGUCCACGUUCAGCUGCACUACUAUUGGUAUUUGUGGACGAGGGCCAAAACUUACGACAAUAUCGGUGACAAACUGUCAACUUUCAUCAAAGGUCCGAGUUGGAAACCUGGUAAAUCUUGGCUAGGUGAUCACAAAGACAAUCCAGAGGUUACCGGACAGGAAGUGCCUCAUGAUCCCAGCUGGUCGCUGCCUUUACAAGUUUAUGUGGUCAUGCAUUUCCUGCUGGCGCUGGGGACGUACCACGACCUGUUCGAGAACAAGAUGAUGUUGUCACAGUUCACCAUGCUGGGGAUGACCGGCUACGUUCUGCUCACUCUCACCUCGCUGGGCUACAUGAUCGAUCAGAGGCCGUCUGCGCCCCUCCUGGAGACGCUCCGCUGCGUCAUCAUGGUGGCGCUGCAGCGCUACGGCUGCAUGAAGCCCCUGCUGCCUUCACUGGCCGUGCCAACUGAGGCCUUUGUCUCCCUCUCUCUGCUGUACUGGGUUCUGCAGAGCUUCACUCUGCUGCUCCGCAUCAAGAAGAAGGCUGACUGAGUCAACACACACACUGACUUUUACCUUAAGUCACUAUUCUCGACAUAAUUCCAUAGUAACACAUUACUAAUCAUGUUAAACACUGUGUACAAAUACAUAUGUAUGUGGAGAGGCUUCUGCUUGAUUCACUUUUUAUGUAGUUUAGUCUGUUUAUGACUUUAUUAUUAUUAAUAAUAUUAUUAACAGCCAGAAAACAAGGCUCGGUGCUCAACAGGUGCUUCACGACAUGAUGCAUUUAUCUCUUCCUGUGCUUUUGUCUACACUGUUCUCGCUGCACUGCUAAUGGAAGUACUAACGAAUUAACAUUUUUAAAUAUGUCCUGUGUAAAUUAUCUUUUUAUUGCCUUAACUAUGCAACAUAUACCUCUUAUAGAACAUGUGCUGCUCUCACUGAUGCCUUCUAAUUCCACCUUUGCAUAACUCUGUGCAGUGUGUUAUUUUCCAUUUCUCAGAGCUGUAAAUUAUUUGUAAUUUGUCUCCAUUUUUUCAUGUUUCUAAAAGAUGCAUGUAAGCAAAGACGGAAUACAGAAACAAAAUGAAACCCUG